AUGGGGCAAUACCACACUUGUAACAUGAAAGGAAUUGAAGUGGCAGAAUUACAGGAUUUGUACAAGAAGUUUGUUGUAGAAUGUCCCAGUGGAGGGCUCUAUCUCCGUGAAUUCAAGCAGUUUUUUGGGAUUACUAGCCAGAGUGAGGCAUCUGAAUAUGCUGAAAGUGCCUUUAAAUCCUUUGACAGGAAUGGGGAUGGUAAGAUAGACUUUUUGGAGUAUGUAGCAGUUUUAAAUCUAGUGCUAAGAGGCAAACCUGAGCACAAACUGAAAUGGUUAUUUAAAGUGUAUGACACAGAUGGAAAUGGUUUUCUUGAUAAGACUGAACUACAGAAAAUGCUGAAGAGUGUCUAUAAUGUCAAACAAGGAUGGGCAAGAAACACAGAUACUCAGCUGUCAUCCCCAGAGGAGGUGUGUGACAGGAUAUUUCAACUAAUGGAUGAAAACAAUGAUGGAAAACUUUCCCUAAAAGAGUUUGUUGAUGGAGUACAACAAGAUGAUUGGAUAAGGAAAAUGCUAAGUGUAGAAAUAAAUCCCACAAAAUGGAUCCUUGAACAUCAGGGAAAAAAGACAGACGUAAAGGACAAGCAUGAAGAAAUACAAUAA